AUGAUCAUUUUCCUUAUAUUUUAUUUGCAAAUUUAUUUUACAGGAAGUGGUCAAGCAUUAAAAUACAUUAGUUUAGUUACACUUACAUUGCAAAAUGCCUUGGUUGGACUUAGUAUGCGUUAUGCACGUACAAGGUCAGGAGAUAUGUUUCUUUCAUCAACUGCUGUUGUUAUGGCAGAAGUUGUUAAACUUUUAACAUGUUUGAUACUAGUUUUUAUUGAAGAAGGCAGCUUCUCAGCAUUUUUUAAUUCUUUAAAAUUAACAAUUAUAAAAGAACCUAUUGAUACUUUAAAAGUAUCUGUGCCAUCACUUUUGUACAUUGUACAAAAUAAUCUUUUAUAUGUAUCAGCAUCUAAUUUAGAUGCAGCAACUUAUCAGGUAACAUACCAACUCAAAAUCUUGACUACAGCUUUCUUUGCUGUAGUAAUACUCAGAAAAUCUUUAAGAAGUACUCAGUGGGGUGCUCUAAUAUUACUAGUCAUAGGAAUAGUACUAGUACAAUUAGUUCAAAGUUCAGAUACUACUUUGCCAUCUGGCAUAGAGCAAAAUCAUUUACUUGGAUUCUCAGCUGCUUUAAGUGCGUGUUUUCUAUCAGGUUUUGCUGGGAUAUAUUUUGAGAAAAUACUGAAAGAUUCAGAUAUAUCAGUAUGGAUGAGAAACGUCCAGUUAAGUUUAUUGUCAUUACCCUUUGGAUUAAUUACAUGUUUUGUAAAUGAUGGAAAAACUUUACAAAAUCGAGGUUUCUUCUUUGGUUAUGAUGCGUUUGUUUGUUAUUUAAUUGUACUUCAAGCAGGUGGAGGUCUUAUUGUUGCAAUGGUGGUUAAAUAUGCAGAUAAUAUACUUAAAGGUUUUGCUACAUCUUUAGCCAUUAUAAUUUCUUGUAUAGCUUCUAUAUACAUUUUUGAUUUCCAAUUAACUUUCCAAUUUUCUUUGGGUGCUGUUUUAGUAAUAUGUUCAAUUUUUAUGUAUGGACAUCAACCAAAACCUACAUUCAUUGAUAAGCAUUCUCUAAUUGAAAAGUUUGAUGCAAGUUAA